AUGACCGACACUAUCAAGAACGUUGCUAUUGCCGGCGCAGCAGGAAACCUCGGCAAGAUCAUACUCCAAGACCUCCUCGAGACCAAAAAGUUCAACAUCACCAUUCUCACCCGCAAAGCAAGCGCUUCCACGCCAGAUGGAGUCCUAGUCAAAGAAACCGACUACAGUUCCAAAAGCCAAUUGACAACCGCUCUCCAAGGCCAAGACGCCGUCAUCGACGCAACUUUCGCCCGAGACACUUUCACAUCCUCCAACCUGAUUGAAGCCGCUGUUGAAGCCCGUGUUGGUCGUUUCAUCCUAUCCGAAUAUGGGAACGACCUCGAUAACCCCAACUUCGCCGCGCUACCUAUUCUCCAAUCCAAAGUGGCGAAUUACGAGUUGAUGAAGAAAAAGGCGCAAGAGAGCGGCAUCACAUGGACAGCCGUAGCGAGCGGACCGUUCUUGGAUGCGUACCUACAGACAGGCUUCCUGGGUAUUCUACUUAAAGACAAGAAAGUGACGCUAUUCAACGAUGGGAAGAAUGUCUUUCCGUCUACGCCAAUGGCGAUAGUUGGUCAUGCUGCAGCUGCGGUGCUGUUACACCUGGACGAGACGGAGAAUCGCAGGGUGUAUAUCUCGGCUGUCUGUAAGAGUCAAGUCGAGUUACUGAAUCUGGCGAAAGAGGCGCUGGGUUCAGACGGUUGGGAGGUCGAGAGCCGUGAUAUAGAACCCGCGUAUAAGCAGGCGCUGGCGGAUGUUAAAGCGGGCAAGGUUGAUAUGAUGGUGUUUGGUACUUUGAUGCAGUAUGCUAUGUCGAAUCCUGAGUAUUCUAGGCCGUGGAGGAAGAAUGAUAAUGAGCUUUUGGGCGUAAAUCAGUUGAGUGAUGUUGAACUGAAAGAUAUGAUGAGGGGUAUGGUCUCGGAGAAAUGA